AUGGCUAAACUAGCUCUUGUUGCAAUGCUAAUCUUUCUUUUUUUUAAGACCAUUCCAUGGGUUCAAAGCAUUGAGGAUGGGCCUAACAAACUGAAUUGGGCCACAAGAGUCGACUCCGGCAAGGAGGUGGUGACCAACCUUCAAUUCUAUUUCCAUGACACACUCAGCGGUAAGAAUCCGAGCGCCAUGCGUGUGGCUGAAGCUUCCAAUUACACCGACAAUUCAUGGACACUCUUUGGUGCUGUAAUGAUGGCGGAUGACCCCUUAACAGAGGGGCCCGAUCCGGCAUCAAAGCUUGUGGGCCGAGCUCAGGGACUGUACGGAUCAGCCGGGCAGGAAGAGCUCAGCCUAAUCAUGGCCAUGAACUACGGAUUCAAGGAUGGAAUGUACAAUGGCAGCUCUAUUAGCAUUGUGGGCAUAAACCGAGCACUUCAUCCAGUCCGCGAGAUGGCCAUCGUUGGUGGGACCGGUCUUUUCCGAAUGGCACGUGGAUACGCAAUUGCAGAAACUCAUUGGUUUGAUCCUACCUCCGGUGAUGCUAUAGUAUGGUAUAACGUUACCGUCAUUACUUAGUGUUUCAAGAGCCAGAUUUAAUGCUCAGGACAAAACAUUAAGUGAUUAAGUACUAAUUCUAGUUUCACUCUUCCAUUACAUGGGUCGUUUUAUUGGUUGGAAUAAAUAAAGUUUGCCUUCGACUUUCUUAGUUUUCUUAUAUAUAUGCAUGUGUUUUCUUUGA